AUGUAUAUCGAGAAUUACGAGGUUCACCUAGAAGAUGCAUUGUGGAUGGGAUCCGCCAUGGUCAUCGACGAACCCAAUUCGCCCACGGGACGUGCGCUAAUCACGUCCAAUGUGCCAAUGACCGUCAAGCUGUGGGACAUGUGUCUCGAAGAAAAGCAACUUAUGCGCAGUCUAGAGAAGGUCAUCAGCAAAUGUAUUGAACGUCACUCAUUGGAGGGUGCAUUGGAGGGCAUAGAGAUAGACAAUAUUAUGUCGGAUGGCUCCAAAGGUGGAGAGAAACGCAAAAGUACGACGGCAAACAAGAUAUUGUUUUCCCUCGGAACAAUUCUAAGGGAGAAAUCAGAAACUUUGGGAUUAAGAAAUAAGCCAGGUUCACUUGCUGGAAUGCCAGGAGGGUAUCCAACUGAGAUGUUGACAACUUAA